CUCCGCGAUGAAGCCUGCAGGGCGUCAGCGUGACGUGUUCCCUCUGCCGCCGCUCGCGCUGGAUGAGCGCGCUGCUUCCUGUCGCAGCCGGCGGGGCCAGCAGCUGGCGCAGCGUGGGGCCGCGUGGAGGCGUUGGGCUAACGACGGCAUCGCGGCGCUCAACCAGCUGAGUGGCCACGGUGCAGGUGUGGCGGCGCCGCCAGGGCUGACGUCAUCAGCUGCCCAGGCGAGCGCGCUGGACCGCAUCGGCCAGGCCUUUCGCGAUUUUCCUGCGCCUCCUGACUAUCAUGAGGACCGAGUUUCAGGCGAAGCAGCCCUUGCAGAGCUGCUCGCUUCGGCGCCUGGGUAUUCCGCGGAGUCUCAGCGCGUCGAGCCCUACAGCAAGGACCUGAUGUCAUGGCCCGACAUGUCUACCGCGCCUGUGGAGGUCACAGAGUUGGUGGAUCAGGCCGAUCGUGAAUGCUUGUUGGGAUGGAGACGGACCAUGCUCAAAGGUGAGAUGUCGGCUUCUGAUUCCCGAGAUGCGCCAGCUCCGCGGCGCCCGUACGUGGACUUGAUUUUGGCCAACAGCCCUCGCGCCUACGCUGGCUUUGUUGGGAAGUUGCUUCAGGGUGGUAUGAUUAGCUUUCGCGUGGCGCGUGCUGCUGAUCCUUAUAGUUUGGGAUUUUUCUUUGUUGAGAAGGUGGGUAAGGGCACGUUGGGACUCGUGUUCGACACGAGAGUGGCGAACGAGGAUUUCGAGCCCCCGCCCAAGACGACGCUUCCGACGGCUGCGGCGUGGUCCGCCUUGGAGUCGCAGCGUCCCGUCGUUCUAGCGCAGGGUGACAUCCAAUGCGCAUUCUAUCACAUGCUUGUGCCAAAGGGGAUGGAGGAAUGCUUCGCGCUGCCCACUAUUUCAAAUCAGUUGUUGGGGAUUACUCACGUCGACGGAUUGCCAGUGGCUAGCGGCUGCUAUCUUCAGCCCAUGGUGCGCGCGUUGCCGAUGGGAUGGAGUUGGUCGCUGCUGUUUUGUCAGAGCAUCAUGCGCAGGGCUCUAGUGGAGAACGGGUUCAGUGACGGAUCAUUGAUCGAGGACGGCCGCCCCAGUCCUGUGCUGCACUCGCCUGUGAGUUUAGCUGCUGCUGGAUACGUUGAUAUUUUUGCAGUCGUAGGUUGUGAUGCAAGCAUUGUAACGGCAAAGAGAGAUCAGAUUACGCGGACGCUUGAAUCGUGGGGGUUACCCAUUCACUCCAUCGAUGCGGCUUCGCCGAAGACUGUCUUCACUGGUCUCGAGAUCGACGGUGACAAGCGCACUGUGCGGGUGAAGCCCUCCAACGUCUUGCGCCUGCGGCAGGCGAUUUUGGCUGUCCUGCGGCGAGGAGCGGCCUCGCCCCGACUGCUGGAAGUCUUGCUCGGGCACAUCACGUGGGCGAUGAUUUGUAAAAGAGAGACCUUGUCUAUCCUGCAUUCCGUCUACGCUUUCAAGUCCCUCAAGGACCCCAACGUCAGGCCUUUGUGGAACUCGGUAAGGUUUGAGCUCUGGUGCGUUGCUAGUACGCUGCCUCUGUGGUCCUCGCAUUUGGGUAUUCCUUGGGGUUCACGGGUCUCCGCCUCGGACGCGUCUCCUAUUGGUGUCGGCGUCUGUACUCGUGAUCUGGACUGGCCCCAGGUGGCCGAGAUGGGGAGGGUUACGGAGAGGUGGAGGUACAGGUGCACGGCAGCAGUUACAGCAAGGGCUAACGCAUUGGGGCUGGAUGAGCUCCACCUGGAGGAGGGCAUCUUGGACUCCGUCGCCGCGGACUACGUCGAAUCGUUCAACCCCGAGGGCUCCGUCAAGGGCUUUCUGGAGGUCCCCAAGGAGAUCAUGGAGGCCUCAGCUUGGGCCACGGUCAUCUCGAGGAGGCACUGGGAUCCCAUCAGGAACAUCUUGGAGCUCGAGGGGGAGGGACAGCCAGUGGCAGUUCAGCGCUCCAUCACGCUGAGGGUCGCUCGAAAGCAGCAGCAUCCACGGCCGAUGCAGCUGGCGGAGGGCGCCAUCAGCUUCCUGGAGAUGUCUGCCGUCACGGACUCGACCAGGGAGCGCUACAGGGGUCGCGCCGUGAGGUUCCUCGAGUGGGUGACUUGGCACGGCCUGGACUUUCACUCGGCCCCGCAGCUGGACGUGGCGCUGGUGGCGUUCAUGACCGACCUGGCAUUGGGCGGGUUCGACUCCGCCACGGGGAGGAUGUCAGUAGCCGCUCUGGGGCACUUCUUGCCCCAGUUGCUCGGCGGCAGGCGUCCUCUCCCUCGAGCGGCUCGAGCCCUCGACGGCUGGCGGCGACUGGUCCCCCCGCAGAUGCGGCUCCCACUGCCGCGAGCUGCGGCCAUGGCAGUUGCUGGUUGGAUGAUCUCUCGCAACUUGCCCAGCAUGGCGGUGUUCGUGGCGCUGGUGUUUCAUGCGUACCUGCGGCCCUCGGAGGCUUACCGUCUGAGAGUGAGCUCGUUGGUGCCGCCAAUAGCUGGGACGGGGUUCAGCUCGUGGGGGAUCAUCGUCAACGACGCGAAAGCAGGCCGGCCUGGCAAGACGGGCGAGACCGACGAGUCGGUGCUGGUGGAUGCGCCAGAGCUCUGGCCCGUGCUGCUCGCGCUGAAGGCCAACAGGGAGCCCAGCGCCAGCCUGUGGAACUUCAGACCCGCCGACGUCCGCCUGAUGUUCGCCCAGGGCUUGAGGGGGCUCGGGCUGCAGAAGGAGUCCCCGUCCUUGUACACCCUCCGCCAUGGGGGGGCCUCGCGCGACUUGCUCUCGGGGUCCCGAUCGUUGGCGGAAGUGAAAGAGAGGGGCAGAUGGGUGACGGACAAGAGUUUGAGACGGUACGGCAAGCGCACUCGGAUGCAACAGAGAAUAGGAGACCUGCCCGUCGAAGUCAGUCGCUUUGGAGAUCAGGUGCUCGAGAGAUUGGCGGAGCUCAUCGUGUGCAGUUUUGUGAAGGGCCAUUUCCCGCUGGCUGUUCCUCUUCAGCCCAUGCCUGCCGUCCCGCCAGUCGCAAAGCGGGCGCCAGUUCUGACCGUGCGCUAG